AUGAGCAAGACGUACGGCGAUGUUAUGCACCUUAACGUCAUGGGACAACCCGUGGUGAUUGUCAACACCCUCCGUCAUGCAACCGAGCUGCUCGACAAGAAGGCCGCAAACCUCUCUAGCCGUCCAGAAUCUGCUAUGUUUCAGCUCCUUGGCCUCAACAAAUACAUGGUUUUCAUGCCGUACGGGCGGAGCUUGCGCGAGCAUCGCCGUGCGUUCCGUGGCACGUAUGGCCCCGACGCUAUCGCACAAUGGCAGCCAGUCCAACUGAAGACAGCCCGCACGCUCCUGCGCCGCCUGUUGGCGAGCCCCAAGGAUUUCCUGUCCCAUCUGAACUUAGCGAUCGCAGAGACUAGCAUGCGUGUCAGCUACGGUAUCGAACUGAAGGACGAUGGGAGCGACCGCGAAUACUAUGAGAUGGUCGAGCGGGUGAGGCGCAUCGCCGAGCCGCUGCUCCACCCGGGCGUAUACAUCAUGCAAGCGUUCCCCUUCCUGCUCCACCUUCCCUCCUGGCUCCCUGGGCUUCACAUCAAGAGAAAUGCCAUGGAACAAAGGCGGGAUAUCGAUGCCAUCACGGACAAGCUGUAUACCGUGGCUGCGACAGCUGAUGAAAAUGGCUCCCUUCGCGACUCUAUGGUAGCCCGGAUACUCGCUGCCGCCGAUACAAAGGACGUCCAUGCAGCCGAAGUUCGAGAGAUGGGCCGGACCCUCACGGCGGUUGCCUCCGGGUCUGAUACGACCCACGCCAUCAUGGAGGCGUUCUUCCUGGCCAUGGCCAUGCACCCGGACAAGCAACGCAAGGCGCAACAAGAGCUCGACGCAGCCGUCGGCCCCGACCGCCUACCCACGUUCUCCGACGUGGGAUCGCUCCCGUACCUGAAGGCGGUCGUGAAGGAGACGCUGCGGUGGCACAUCAUCCUCCCCGCAGGGCUGCCGCAUGUCGCGCUGGCGGACGACGAGUACGAGGGGUACUGCAUCCCCGCGGGCACGGUCGUCAACCAGAAUAUAUGGGCCAUGUCCAAGGAUGAGCGCGAGUAUCCCGAACCGCAUGCGUUUGUCCCCGAGCGCUUCCUCCCUUCGGAGGGCAAUCCUCCAGCGCGGGAUCCAGCAGAGUAUGUGUUCGGUUUCGGGCGGAGGAUCUGCCCCGGCCGCCACUUCGCGGAGGCGUCCCUGUCCAUUUACUGCGCUUCUGUCUUGCACGUCUUCGACGUCCUUCCGCCUUCGGACGAGCGCGGCAGGCCGGUAAAGAUGCAGUAUAGGCCCACGGACGAUAUGGUGUCGUAA